CAUAGACAGACAAGUAAGCUUAGAACAAUACCAAUGAAAGAUUACUUGAUAUACUUUGCCCAAGCAUAUCCCAACUUCAGAACAGCUGAACUUGAAUCCUUGGCCAAUUUACAUAAUUUCAGCCUCGAUUUAAGUGGUCAUGACGAAAAGAACCCAUUCUUGAUUGUUCAAUUAGAAGAUGAUGAACAAGCCCAAAAGAUAUUGGAAAGAUCGAUCCUUGCUAGAGGUAUUUAUGAAUUAUGGGGCCAUGGUACUAACUAUGAAGAAUUACACCAAGAUGUUCAAAAAAGAUCAUGUGACAAAUUUGACACUUACAAGCACGAUACUUUUAAAUUUAACUUCGAGUCGUUCAUGGGAAGUAAGAGUAAUAAAGCCCGUAUUGAAAUUAUUGAAUCGUUUGGAUAUCUUGAAUUCGAGGGAGCUAUUAAUUUGAAAAAGCCCCAACAGAUUUAUACAGUCUUAGAAGAGUAUAAAGUGAAUGGAAUGGAAAAAGCCAACGUACCUUUAAAUAUUUGGUUUGGUAGACAAAUUCAAUUAAGUGCCAGAAUGAACAAUAUCUUGGACAAAUAUGAUUUAAAAAGAAGAAAUUAUAUCGGAACAACAUCAUUUGAUGCCGAGUUAUCCUUAGUAACUUGUAACAUUGCUCAGGUUCGAUCUGGAAAAAUCACAUAUGAUCCAUUCACAGGUACGGGAUCAUUCUUGGUAACAGCAGCCAAUUUUGGCGCAUUGCCAAUGGGAUCUGAUAUUGAUGUCCGUAUGCUCAAGGGAAAGAGUGCAAAGUGUAAUAUUCGUGAAACAUUCAAACAAUAUGGCACCUUGGGACAAUACAUUGACGUAUUAACUAUGGAUUUCACCAAUAAUGCAUUCAGAAGUAAUUUUGUGAUUGAUAAUAUAGUAUGUGACCCUCCUUAUGGAGUAAGAGAAGGUCUUAGAGUAUGUGGGGCCAAGAACCCGGAAAAGGCAGCCGGAAGAGAAAACCAUGAAAUUGAUGGACAAAAAGCCCAUUUGAGACGUGAUUUUAUCCCACCUAAAAAGCCGUAUGAAUUGUCCAAUUUAUUGGAUGAUUUAUUACUGUUUGCUGCGUCAAGAUUACCAGUUGAUGGAAGAUUAGCAUUCUGGAUGCCCACUGCAAAUGACGAUUUUCAAGUCAAUCAAAUACCACAACAUGAAAAUUUGGAAUUGCUUUAUAACUUAGAGCAGGAAUUCAACAAGUGGUCCAGAAGAUUAUUGGUUUAUAUCAAGAGAGACGAGUCGUACAAAGGAGAAACUAGAAAUGGGUUAAAAGAGGAAAAUAUUAAAAACUUUAGAGAACGUUAUUUCAGAGGAUUCAGUGAGAAGAGCAGGUAGAUACAACAUGCGCAUAGAAAGAUUAUACAGGAGACAUACACACACACAUAUAUAUACAUACAACAGUGUAGAUAUCAUUAGCAUAGACAAUUGAAUUCAAUAUAGACUUGUAAAUGCAUA